AAAAAUACAUUAUUCAAAAUGUCGUAUAUGUUAUCACAUCUUCACAAUGGAUGGCAAGUGGAUCAAGCAAUUUUAUCGGAAGAAGACCGAGUUGUGGUAAUACGAUUUGGACACGAUUGGGAUCCAAUGUGUAUGAAGAUGGAUGAAGUACUGUAUAAUAUUGCUGAAAAAGUAAAAAAUUUUGCAGUCAUUUAUCUGGUAGAUAUUACAGAAGUGCCUGACUUUAAUAAAAUGUAUGAAUUAUACGAUCCUUGUACAGUUAUGUUCUUCUUUAGAAAUAAACAUAUCAUGAUUGAUUUGGGUACUGGUAAUAAUAACAAAAUUAAUUGGACGUUAGAAGAUAAACAAGAAAUGAUAGAUAUCAUUGAGACAGUGUAUCGAGGAGCUAGAAAGGGUAGAGGUUUAGUAGUUUCACCAAAAGACUAUUCAACAAAGUAUCGAUAUUAAUUUUUAUUUUAUAAAUUUUUAAAAUAACUUGUAAUAUAUAAUUGUUUUAUGUUAAA